GGUCGCGGCCGGUGUGCUGGGAGCCGGCGGGCUGCCUCGGUCCCCGCCAUGGGCUGGCUGCCGGCGCAGGGCCGUCUGGCGGCGGGGCUGCUGGUGAACCUGGCCGCCUCCAUCUGCAUCGUCUUCCUGAACAAGUGGCUGUACGUGCGGCUUGGCUUCCCCAACCUCAGCCUCACCCUGGUGCACUUCGCCAUCACCUGGCUCGGCCUCUACCUGUGCCAGGCUUUCGGCGCCUUCUCCCCCAAGAGCCUGCAGGCUUCGCAGGUGAUGCCUUUGGCCCUCAGCUUCUGCGGCUUCGUCGUCUUCACCAACCUCUCCCUGCAGAGCAACACCAUCGGCACCUACCAGCUGGCCAAGGCCAUGACCACGCCGGUCAUCGUGGUCAUCCAGAGCCUGGCUUACGGCAAGACUUUCCCUCUCCGGAUCAAGCUCACCUUGGUUCCCAUCACGCUGGGCGUCUUCCUCAACUCCUACUACGACGUGAAGUUCAGCCUCCUGGGGAUGGCGUUCGCCACCUUGGGCGUCCUGGUGACCUCCCUCUACCAAGUGUGGGUAGGAGCUAAGCAGCAUGAGUUGCAGGUAAACUCUAUGCAGUUGCUGUACUAUCAGGCACCAAUGUCCUCAGCUAUGUUGUUGUUCAUCAUACCCUUCUUUGAGCCAGUCUUUGGAGAAGGGGGAAUAUUUGGGCCCUGGACGCUCUCUGCUGUGCAAAUGAGAUGGUGGUGGCUCCAGUUAUAAAACAGAAAGAGAAGAAGAAAAGGAAUCCUGUCUUUGUGAUAAUGCCAGUAUUGCUGUUGUGAAGAAACUUGGAGGCACCUUUGGUAUGUGGUGAUGCUUCCUCCUUCUUGUCUGGUGAAUGAUGAAGAGGAAACAUACUGUGUUCAGGAGUUUUAAAAACAGCUGCCAACUCAUUCCUAUGUCUGUUUGCUUGCUUAUGAAUGUUUGGCUUCAACAGUGGUGAAUUUUGGCUGAAGAAAAUAGAUAAAACUACAGGUGGAAAGAGGCUUGAGGAGACAAUGGGAUGGCUUGGAGCCACAGGCCAAACUAUAGAAAAGUAGGAAAUCAGGUCUAAACAGUUAAUCUUAAAUUUUUCUUUUGGUCUUACAGAACAUGAAGUCAUUCAUAUUUUAGAAAAUUCUGCUACUGCUUUAUAAUUUUCUUCAUGCCAACAAGAAAUCUUGUAAAUACCCAUGAGCCUAAUAAAAUCUCUGAUUUUGUGGUAACAGCCAAACAUUUUGCAGCCCCUGCACACAAACACCCAUUCUAAAAAUGUUGUCAAAGAAAUCUUCAGGAAGUUCAUGGUAGGUGAUGGAUGUGAGGAUGGAUGUGCCCUGUUCUCUCUCCUGCCUUCAGCCCCACUUCCCUCACCUUUCCCUGAGCUUUACCUUCAGUGGGACCUCUUGUUAUUUCAGGGUGAGGCCCAGGGUCAGUGCCAAGUAGGCAGAGUUCCCUCAACAAGACAGUUCCUGGAAACUUAGCACAGUGACAGAAGAGUGUGAGGCAGGACCUACUUCUGCUUUAUUCAGGAACAUUUUGAAAAUUAUUUUAUGGCAGUAUCAAGCACUGUCUUUUACAACACAUUACGAGAAGUUGAGUACUGUUCUAUUAAAAAAAAAAAAAAAAAAAGAAAAAAAAAAGAGAAAAAUAACUUCCAGUAAACUUGGUAAGAACAUACGUUCACUGGAUUUGCAGGGUUAGAAUUUAUUUUCAGUAUCUUAAUCCUUACAUUUUGGGGUUUGUUUUAUCUUCAUCUACCUCUAGCAGAUUUAAGGAGGGGAAUGAUGAACAAAAGCAGGUAUUUAAGUUUUACAACCACCAACAGAAAUUAUACCUAGUUCCUCUAGGCUUUUUUACAAUAGAGCUAAUAAGUCUUUGUGUAAGAAGCAAUGCAAAUCUUCUCAAGCUUAAAAAUUAUUUAUUCUGUUACAGAGCUUUUGAUUUAAGAAAAAUUUAUUUUUCUGUGUAACCUAAGUUUACACUGUAAUACUCUAUAUCAUUUCAGAGUUAGAAAUACCUGGAUAACUUCACAUCUUUACCAACUGUGUCUUAGACAUUGUACGUGUCCAACGAUGAUUUUUUUUUUUUUUUAAUAAAUAUAUAUAUAUGUUUUUAUAAAUCUAUAAUUAGUUUAAAAACACAGCCUGGACUACUGAAAGACAUGUUCAGGCAGGACACCUCUGGAUGCAUGGCUUUCAGUGCAUACAGUGAGAAAGCCAUUUGCAUUAAUUCGUGCUGUGCACAAGUUCUUCUAAAAUGUAGAUAGAGUGCAAAGACUCGUGCAGUGAGAGAACAGCUGAAUUAGAAGCCUGUAUGACAACAGGACUUGGGAGGGGACUGAUGUAGAUAUGAAGAAUGAACAAAGCAGCCAUGUCUGAAAAUACAAAAGAACCCUUAAGGACAGGAGCAGAUACGCAAGAGAAGGUUAACAGUAUGAUUAAAACCAUACAUUAUAAACACAGUCUGUUGCUGGAAUGUGUAAAUUGUGGAGGUCACUUAAGUGACAUGAUUUUUUUUUCAUAUGUUCAAGAACUCUCCUGUGGCAUUUACCUGUUGUAUCUAACAAAUAAAGUACCUUGAACUUUGUCAUAUGGUUCAAAAUAUUCAAUCUGGGAGGCCUGUGUGAUUGUGGGAUAAAUAGAGCUUUGUAUGUAUUGUUUCUUUGGGUACCAUCUGUAGGGUGGGAAUAAAUUUUUAACCACUUGA